AUGGAUUUUUAUUAUCGAUCAAGACAAAAAAAGGCGGUUGCUAAGACUCAAGAACGGAUCAAAUUUCUGAAGCUAAAAAUUGACCAUGACACACAGAUAAUUAGUGAGGAACUCAAGCUCUCAAAACAGUGUUAUAUUAAUAAUGACAAAGAAGGUGCAACUGUCCACUUGAAAAAGAAAAAGAUGUACGAAAAAGCGGUAAGCGAGACCCAAAAUUUUAUAAUCAAUUUGGAGAGCCAAAUACUUGAAAUUGAGAAUUUAAGAGCGAAGAAAAAGGUUUCCGACUCUAUGAAGGAUUUGAACAGUGCAAUGACUCGAUUGAACAAAAGUGUUGAUGUUAAAAAGGUCGAGGAAGUGAUGUAUUCCCUUCAUGAAAACAAUUCGAAGUCUGCAGAGUUGGGAGACAUCUUAUCUGAAAGUACUAAUGACGACAUGGAUUUAGAUAUCACUGAUGACCUUCAAGAACUUGAAAAACAAAUUGAUGAAGAAAAGAAAGAUGCUGCAAAACAGUUAGCUCAAACGUUGCCCGUUCCCAAAGAAAGUCCGCACCAAAAAGAACAAUUAAAAAUUCCACAAAAAGUGUUGCUAUUCGAAGAGGAAUCAAAAGCUUCACAGAAGGCGACAAAGCAAACAAAGUCGCUCUUUAAAAGUCUAAAACAUGAGAAAAAAGAAAAUGAAGUAGUACAAGACACUCGUCCAAAAAUAACACAAAGUGCUUCGCCAUUAGUCACACAAAGUGCAUCGACUCCAUUAAUGAAUGAUCAACAACUUGUCGACGAUUUAUUGAAACGAAUAUCUAGCUUGGAAUUGGAAAACCAACACCAGAAGAGUGAGACAAAACGAGCGGAAGAGAAAGUCGAGUUUUGGAGAGGAGAGUAUCGCUUCGUCGAAAAAUUGUUUGACGACACUGGUGAUGACACACAGCCCCUCAUCGACGAAAACGAGAAACAGAAAAGUGAAAUUGAGAGACUUCAAAGUGAACUCCAGAUUACACUUAAUCGAGAAGAGAAGAUUAAAGCAUUAUUGGAAGAAGAAAAAACAAAGAGUGCCUUAUUAGAGCAGAAGUUGAGCCAGUUCGACACAACACAAGCACAAGGAGACCCUCCACACCCAGACUCUAUACUUCAAAACAAACAAAUUGAAACAACACGAAGUAUUGAAGUAUGUGUUCCUUUGGAAUGUGUAAUGAUUGGUGGAAAUGUUGAGGCGCAAAUUGAUGGGGGUGUUUACUCUAUUCCUAUUCAAAGAGGCUUUCUCGAACGGUCUUCAAACGUCUUAUCGUUUCUUGACAAUGGAACAACAAAAACGUUUGAAAUAGUAUACACCUCGAAGCACGAUUUCUUUCAAAGAAAAGAUGAGAGUGACUUGUCGUGUGUGUUGCACUUUGAAAAAGGAUGUGAAGGGAUGACGACAGACAUUCCAAUUACAUUGCUUUCUGGUGAGAGUAUAUCAUUAAACAUUUCAAUUGAAAAUAACGCAUGUUAUAAAUUUGAUGGAUUUGGUCUUCCAAAAUGCGAUGGAGUAGGUUGUGGUGAUUUGUAUGUGACAACAAAAAUCGAGUGA